CUACCCCAACCCCAACCCCAUUCGCAUUCAUCCCAUAGACCCAAAACAAGUGAAAGGCAUGGUUGAAAGGGAGAGUGGUGGCAGAGAGGCUGUACCAAGACGUGUGCGUCUCUGGCAAUUCGCAGCCCGGGAAGAACUUCGUGACCUACUUUGACUGGACUGGGGAGAUCAAUCAGCCCAAGCUUCGUCACUGAUUCCAGAGGAAAGCAUUAUCUUCUUCAGUGUCCACACGGCACGAAACCAAAUCUGCUUUUCCUGCGCUGUGGAUGAGGAGGAGAAAUGUUGUGUCAAGGCUAUUUGUGCUGCAGAUUCUUCAGCAGGGGCUUUUAUAGCUGCCACUGGACGGACUCAAGUGAUCAAACAAGAAAGUGCAGAUGCUUGUUGUUCUCAGCGGUCACUUUGAUGUCCCUGCUGUCCCUGUGCUGGUUGUAUAUGUGUUUUGUCAUGUCUAAUGACCAACAGGAUUUUAAUGAGGAGUUAUUCAAGUUCCUGAAUCUGUGGGUAAACGGGUUCAUGGUAUUGGUUAUCAUUUCUGCAGUGUUGGUCGGCUACUGCAUCCUGCUGCUGCUCUUUGCACUGAUCCAAGUCGCCUCAGGAGAACAACUCCUCUUACACUGGUUCCACAAGAUCGUCUUCUGUUUUGGUGUCAUAUUCGUCACAGUUUUGGUCUUGGUAAUUAGUAUCAAGUGGACAGAAGAAUGGCAAGCAAUUCCUACUUCGCUCCAGGCCACAGCUCCGUUCCUGCAGUUUGGUGCAGUUGGAGCGCUGACUCUGCUAAGCCCAUUUGUCUUUCAGCGGGUCCACUUGGCCAAACCACGAUCUAAGGUGCUGAUUGCAGUGGUGUUUUUAGUGGUCUCAGUAGUCAUCUUCCUGUGCCCCCUUCUCAUCCUAUCUCCUUGUCUAAUUCACUGGGAGGAACUACCCGAGAAACCGAAACUCAUCGGCCACAGAGGCGCACCGAUGCUGGGCCCAGAAAACACCAUGAUGUCGUUCAACAGAUGCCUCGAGUGUGGCGUGAUAGCCUUUGAGACAGACGUGCAGCUCAGCAAAAAAAGAAUUCCCUUCUUGAUGCAUGACCACGGGGAAGGCUUCUUGCUGAGAACGACAAACGUUAAAGACAAGUUUCCUAAUGAAAACUUCAGCAACAGCACUAACCUGACCAUGGCACAAUUACAGACUCUAAAUGCAGGCGAAUGGUUCCUAAAGACAGAUCCUUACGGCACAGUGUCCCUGCUUUCAGAAGAGGAGAGGGAAACAGCCAGGAACCAGACUAUACCCUCCUUACUUGAGCUACUUAAAUUUGCGCAACAGCACAACACGUCAGUGCUAUUUGACCUCAAAGGUGAAAACCAAGAAAAUGAUGCACAAGACACAGUAGAAACCAUCUUGAAGCAAGGCAUUGACCAGAGACUAAUUCUUUGGCUUCCUACAUCAGGAAGAGAUAAUGCAAAGAUGCGUGCGCCAGGCUUCAUCCAAGUCUAUGGAAAUGAAAGUGAAAGGGCAAAACAUAAUGGGCACUACCUAAAUGUGAAGUACAGCAUGUUGAAAAUGGAGAAAAUCAGGGACCUUCGCAAACAAAAUGUUACAGUGAACCUGUGGGUGGUUAAUGAGCGCUGGCUGUUCUCUCUGCUGUGGUGUGCAGGGGCCAGCUCUGUCACAACCAAUGCCUGCCACCUUCUAAAAGAAAUGGAUCGUCCUGACUGGGUCUUGGCACCCUCUACAUACAUGAUCAUAUGGAUUUUAGUGGAUGUUUCAUCAGCUCUUAUAAUGAUGGCACUCUUUCACUGGACAAAACACUGUCUUUGCCUUCAAGAGAGCAAUGCGAAUGAGCGGGAACUCUUCCUAACCAGGAUAGGCUGACAGCCUUCAGCAGCAGAUGUUUCUGUCUUGAAACUCACAAACGACAUCCCUUCCGGCACUAACUUUGGAGUUUGGACCUAAAUCUGUGAACUGCCCUGCACUGUUUCAUAAAGUCGCAUGUGCCUUAAUGUCAUUACAUGUCGGUACGAUGCCGCUAGAUGGCAGUUUCAGGUGUGUGUGUGUGUGUGUGAGAGAGAGACAGAGAUUGUGGUGUAGCGGGUUAUGUGGGUUUAUAUUUCAUGCUUUUUUUUUUGUAUAUUUGGUUCUUUUGCUACUACUGACAAAAUAGUGUUUAUAACUCUGACAUGCUGUGCAUACAUGAAUUGUUUUAUUCUGGCACCUUAUUACAUUGUUGUUAUGGGGUUUUUUGUGGUUUCUGUUUUGUUUGGGGGUUUUUUGCUGGGUUUUUUCACAGAGUUAAAAAGAAAGAGACAUAUAUCUGUAAUCUGAGCCAACAUCAGUAAAACAAGUUU